CUUUUCACAUUCUCUAAUCAUCAUAUAAAAACACUCCUCCCUUCACUGUGCGGACUCCAUUUCUACAAUGAUUUCUACCUCUUUCCAUCAAUCUCCACUGCCGACGCCGGCCAAUCCGUUUACCUCCGGCGGCAACUCUAUGCUAUCAAAGUCGUGUGUCAGAUUCCAUCAAUCUGGUUCCUUCUCCGUUGCUGCGACCAGCUACAGCACUUCAAUGGCCACCUGCGUCCCAGUUUAUGUUUCUCCUGCUUCGUUUUACGAAAUUCUCGGAAUUCCGAUCAGCGCAACAAUCGAGGAGAUCAAGGCUGCGUACCGGAGAUUGGUUAGAGUUUACCAUCCUGAUGUGGCUGCAAUUGAUCAGAAGGACUCCUUUGCGGAUGAGUUCAUGAAGAUUCGUGCUGCUUACUGCACUCUCUCCGAUCCCAAUAAACGCGCCCAAUAUGACCGGUCACUUUACCCAAGGCGCCGGACCGGUAAUUUGUAUUCUGCAGCCUAUACUCGCCGGAACUGGGAGACAGAUCAGUGCUGGUAGAAAUUCCGGUUCGGUACUCUUUGUUGUAAUUCUCGUGAGGGACUGAAGGAAAAAAAAUACAGAUUUGGAGAAAGAGACAAAAAAGGAAUCAGUUUUUGUUAAUGUAUAAGAAUAAUAUUAAAGGUUUAUAAGCAAUGCACACAUUAAUAAUGUAAA